CCGGCCCCUCAAGGGUUAAACAACGCCCUCUUUCGCGCCUUUAGCCCGCCCUCCAGCCUUUAUUAUUGGCUCUCUUCCCCCACUUCCCCUUUUCUAUUGGCUGUUUGCUGUCUUCUCCGAUUGGCGCGCUGCUCUGCUCCCUCCUCGCCAAUCGAGUGUCGAGUUACCUCAGCGAGCACUUUUCCUCCCCUCAGCGGCGGCGGCGAGCGAGCGGCCUGUCACAUCUGAGGCGGCGAUGGCGGGCCGGGCCGGAGGCGGCGGUCUCUUGCCCUUCGCUUUAUCUUCAUUCUUCUUCUUAUUUUUGUUGUGGCGGCGCGGGGCGGAGGCGGCGCACAUCAAGAAAGCGGAGGCGGCGGCGGCCUCCACGGAGCCCUCGGCUGCCGGCGGCGGGGCGGCGACGCGCUACCUGGACGAAGCGGAGCUGGGGGCGUCGCUGCGUCGCUUGGCGGAGGACGAGGCCCCUCGCGGCUUGGCCAGGCUCUUCUCCAUCGGCCGCUCGGGCGAGGGCCGGGAGCUGUGGGUGCUGCGCCUCAGCGCCGACCUGCCGGAGCCCGGCGGCGGGAGCGGCGACGUCGGCGACCCGGUGGGCGGACCCCCCAUCCCGGGCCGCCCGCAAGUCAAGCUGGUGGCCAACAUGCACGGCGACGAGGCCCUGGGCAGGGCCCUGGUGGUCCGCCUGGCCCGCGAGCUGGUUGCGGGGUGGCUGCGCGGGGAGCCCCGGGCGCGGCGCCUCCUCAACGGCACCGACCUCUACCUCAUGCCCAGCCUCAAUCCCGACGGCUUCGCCCGCGCCGAGGAGGGCGACUGCGGCGCCCAGCAGGACCCCUCCGGGAGGGAGAACGCCAGGGGGAAAGACCUCAACCGCAGCUUCCCGGACCAGUUCGGGGCAGCCCGGCCGGACCUGGCCAACGUCCCCGAAGUGCGCGCCCUCAUGGAGUGGAUGCGGCGCAACCGGUUUGUGCUUUCCGGGAACCUACACGGGGGAUCUGUUGUUGCAAGCUACCCAUUUGAUGACUCCGCUGUACACAAGACCUCUGGGGUGUACAGCAAAUCUGCCGAUGAUGAGGUAUUCAGGUAUUUGGCAAAGGCUUAUGCAUCAAACCAUCCAAUAAUGAAAACCGGCACCCCAAACUGCCCUGGGGAGGAAGAAGAAACUUUCCAAGAUGGCAUCACUAAUGGUGCUCAGUGGUACGACGUGGAAGGUGGCAUGCAGGAUUAUAACUACUUGUGGGCCAAUUGCUUUGAAGUCACCUUUGAGCUUUCUUGCUGUAAAUACCCACCAGCUUCGCAGCUUGAGAAGGAAUGGGAGAAUAACCGGGAAUCUCUUCUCACCUUCAUUGAAAAAGUUCACAUUGGAAUCAAAGGGUUUGUGAGGGAUUUGGUGACUGGGGCUGGCUUGGAAAAUGCAACUAUUGCUGUGGCUGGGAUUGAUCACAACAUCACAACUGACUGGUUUGGUGACUAUCACAGACUGCUGGUGCCUGGGACCUACAACAUCACAGCUGCUGUCAUGGGCUACCUGCCAGUCACCAAAGUGAACGUAGAAGUCAAGGAAGGGAAUGCAACUGUUGUGGACUUCUCCUUGCAACCUUCAAUAGCGGUGCCGGCCUCUGACCCAACCCAGGAUGUGCCACUAGCCACCACAGAGUCUGUUACCAACACCACCAACACCACUGAUGCAAAUAGGACAACUUCCUUCCACCAAGCGAUCCAACCAGAGGAAUUCCGCCAUCAUCAUUUCCCUGACAUGGAGAUCUUCCUGAGGAAAUAUGCCACCGAGUACCCAAAUAUUGCUCGCCUCUACUCAGUUGGCAAGUCGGUGAAGCAGCUGGAAUUGUAUGUCAUGGAAAUAUCUGACAACCCAGGCAUCCACGAAGCAGCUGAACCAGAGUUCAAGUAUAUUGCAAAUAUGCAUGGCAAUGAGGUAGUAGGAAGAGAGCUUCUCCUUAAUCUCAUUGAGUACCUCUGCAAGAACUAUGGCACAGAUCCUGAAGUAACUGACUUGGUCCAAAACACUCGGAUCCACAUCAUGCCAUCCAUGAAUCCUGACGGCUACGAGAAAGCCCAUGAAGGAGACCGAUUGGGGAUUGUUGGCAGAAACAACAGCAACAACUAUGACCUGAAUCGGAACUUCCCUGAUCAGUUCUUCCAGAUCACUGACCCUCCACAGCCAGAGACAUUAGCUGUCAUGAGCUGGCUGAAGACCUACCCAUUUGUGCUUUCUGCAAACUUACAUGGAGGCUCUUUAGUGGUUAACUACCCCUAUGAUGACGACCAACAAGGAGUUGCGACAUAUAGUAGAUCCCCUGAUGAUGCAGUCUUUCAGCAAAUUGCACUUUCCUAUGCCAAGGAGAACGCACGGAUGUUUGAGGGUCACCCCUGUGCGGACAUGUAUCCUGGCGAGUACUUCCCUCAUGGCAUCACCAAUGGAGCUCAGUGGUAUAAUGUUCCAGGUGGCAUGCAGGACUGGAAUUACUUAAACACCAAUUGCUUUGAAGUGACCAUUGAGCUGGGCUGCAUCAAAUAUCCUCAGGCAGAGGAGCUGCCAAAAUACUGGAAGCAGAACCACAGGUCUCUGCUGCAAUUCAUCAAGCAGGUCCACCAAGGCGUCAAAGGGUUUGUGCUGGAUGCCACAGAUGGACGGGGCAUCUUAAAUGCAACCAUCAGUGUUGCGGACAUUGAUCACCCUGUCUCUACCUAUAAGAGUGGAGACUAUUGGCGCCUGUUGACCCAGGGAACAUACAAAAUUACAGCAUCUGCACGAGGGUAUAAUUCAGAAACUAAGACAGUGAAAGUUGGAGGUAAAGGUACAGUGCAGGUCAACUUUACUUUGACUCGAAAAGACUCCAAGGUAGAGGAGGGGACAGUACCAGAUAUAAAUAUGGUUGGCCUCAACGGCACAGUCACCAAAGAGUUUGAGACCCUGAUUAAAGACCUCUCAGCAGAGAAUGGCUUGGAGCGCCUCCUGCUGUCGUCAUCGGCAGAUGUCCAGCCUCAUCGCUACCGUUCCUACAAUGAACUCUCCGAGUCUCUUAGAGGCCUCAACUUGAACUAUCGGAAGAUCACAAAUCUCUCUAGCUUGGGCCAAAGUGUUGAGUUUCGUCAUAUCUGGUCCCUGGAAAUCUCCAACAAACCCAAAGAAUCUGAGCCAGAGGAGCCAAAGAUCCGUUUUGUGGCUGGCAUCCAUGGCAAUGCCCCUGUUGGCACAGAGCUGCUCUUGGCCUUGGCAGAGUUCCUCUGCAUGAACUACAAAAAGAACCUGGCCAUUACCAAGCUGAUUGACAAUACAAGAAUUGUCAUCGUGCCAUCCCUGAAUCCAGAUGGGCGAGAGAUUGCUCAGGAGAGAGACUGCACUUCCAAGACUGGCCUGACCAACAUUCAUGGCAAAGAUCUGGACACUGAUUUCACAAGCAAUUCCUCUGGGGCAAGAGAACCGGAAACCAAGGCCAUCAUGGACAACCUGAUACUGAAGCAAGACUUCAGCCUCUCUGUUGCCUUGGACGGAGGAUCUCUGCUUGUCACUUACCCCUAUGACAAGCCUGUGCAGACAGUGGAGAACAAAGAGACUCUGAGAUAUUUGGCAUCUGUGUAUGCAAACAACCAUCCCACAAUGCAUCUGGGCCAGCCUAGCUGUCCAAACAAGUCAGAUGAGAAUAUUCCUGGAGGAGUGUUGCUUGGGGCUGAAUGGAACAGUCACCUGGGAAGCAUGAAGGAUUUUAGUCUUUCCUACGGACACUGCCCAGAGAUUACGGUAUACACUGGCUGCUGUUACUUCCCCAGUGCGGGGCAGCUUCCUACUCUCUGGGCGGAGAAUAAGAAAUCUCUUCUCAGCAUGCUGGUGGAGGUUCAUAAAGGAGUCUACGGGUUUGUCCGAGACAGGCAUGGACAGCCAGUGUCGAAAGCUCAAAUUGUGCUCAACGAAGGGGUAAAAGUCUACACUAAGGAAGGUGGUUAUUUCCAUGUGCUGCUGGCUCCUGGCUACCAUAAGAUCCAUGCUAUAGCAGAAGGCUAUCAGCAGCAGCAUGUCAAGGUCUUGGUUCGCCAUGACAUGGCUAGCUUUCUCCAUGUGCAGUUUGACACGGACAACAAGAUCUUUGGCCUGCCAAGGGAGUUGGUGGUUACGGUAGCAGGGGCUACCAUGACAGCUGUGAUCCUGACAGCCUGCAUCAUCUGGUGUGUGUGUUCCAUCAAGUCCAACCGGCACAAGGACGGCUUCCACCGCCUACGACAGCACCAUGACGACUAUGAGGACGAGAUCCGUAUGAUGUCCACGGGCUCCAAGAAGUCCUUGCUGAGCCACGAGUUCCAGGAUGAAACGGACACUGAGGAGGAGACACUCUACUCUAGCAAACACUGACCCACCCGGCAGCAGGGAAGUUCCCUGCAGAGACAGAUCCUGCAACACUGAGCAUUUCCCCCUUCUCAAGCGAUGGACCCAGAACGUGUGUCCUCCCAAACCUUUGCUCUUGGCUCAUGCCAGUUCCUGGUUUAUGCACAAGGAGGGCACCCCACCCCACCCCACCCUCCAGCUGGCUUCUCUUCUAGUCAGGAGUGCAACUGGAAGCUUAGUUGCUUACAAGCCCACUCAAGGGAGGGGAACAACCAAAUGGUUUUGUGGCGUUGCUAGCACUUCGGCAAUGUUUUCCCUAAGCCCAUCUGAGACUUUUCACUCCAUGCAAUUAUCUGUGGGAAAUUCACUGUAGCUGCCAAGAUGUUUUGUCUAAACUACUGCUGCUCCAGCAGCAUAUGGAAGUCUCUGGAAACUCUUAUUCUCUUCUGCCUGGGGCAGGGUCAAUGGGUGCAGGGUGUUAGGAAACUGGUCUUUGCUCACUACUUAGAGGAAUUAAGCUCUUCCUUCUGUUAAGAAUGACUUCAGGUUAGGUUAUUUUGGCAGAAGCCUGGUUCAUGGUUACCUUUGACUCCUAGCAAGAGAGGAGCGUUGUAUCAAGAUGCAAGAAUCUAUGUCUCCAGUAAAGGUGACAGUUUUUUGAAAAAUAAAAAACGUGUUUUGGUUGAGUUCUCUCGCACCGAUCCUGCUUCAGAAGUUCUGAUGUUCACUAUUUGACAAUGUAGACUAGCAAGAGUCUAAUGCUAGCUAGAUUGUGAGCCAGAAUUCCUGGCUUGGAUGCCAAAUGGUCCUUCGCAGCUCAUUUUUUUGGAUUCAGGCAGCCUUUGUACAAGCAGCCAGACUAGUGGCUUUCGUGAUUGUGUAUCUGUAGUCUAGAAAAAUAUUUCCUCCUAGUAAACCUUAUUAAUAUGCAAUUGCUUUGAAAACUCACCAGGCUACUCCUAACCACAAAAAAAACAAGACCGGGGGGUGGGCACCUCCUUCUUGAUCCUUCCUUUUUUGAGCACCAAGUCUGUAACUGCAAAUCUGCUCUUCUGCUGAGAUUAGAUUUUGCUGCUUCUCAAAGUAUCUCCAAAAAGGAGAGAGAAUGUUAGUGGGCCUGUUCUGGAAGGGAAGGCACUACAGUGGUUAUUCCUCAUGUUGCAUGGUACAAGUCUAGUCUCCCCCCCCCCCUUUCAGCCACUUGUUCGGAAAUUUCAUUUAUGGACUUUGCAUAUAGUGAGAGUAAAGCUGUUGCAAAGCUGACACACAAUUACCACAAGCUUCGGGGAAGGGCUGCAUCUCAGUGGUAGAGCAUCCACUUUUCAUAUAGACAGUUCCAGAUUCAAUCUCCAACAGCAUCUCCACAUAGGGCUGGGGAUGUUCCUCCUGCCUGAAACCCCGGAGAGGCACUGCCAGGCAGUGUUGACAGUACUGAGCUAGAUGGACCAAAUGGUCUGGCUUGAUUUAAGGCUGCCUCCUAUUUUUCUGAUGUUUUACGUUUCACUGUUUGGGCUAGAAAAAUCUCUUAGAAGGUAGACCAGCUCCCUCUUUGUACAUGAUGGAUAUGUGUGUGUCUUUUGUUUCCUCGUUAAACGUCACCAUUUCUUAAGCCUUGCUAGCUUCAUUUGGGGAAGGCAUCAGGGUUAAAAUCCAGUCAGGUGCACGCUCACUAGGGGUCAAACCAUGAAGCGGAUGAAUUGCAGCUGGGCUGUUUUGAGGGUUGGGGAAUGGAAAGGAUCGUGGUGAUUUCUGCAUUGCUGCUGCCAGGCAAGACUGGACAGGCACCACCCAUUUGCAAGUAUUUAUCUGCUAGGUGACGUCCUCUUGCCAAUAUGUAUCUUUGUGUCAUGGGCUCUUACACCACCUGUGUGGGAAGAUGCAACCUGUCACGGAGUCGGGCUAACAAAACAGACCAGUUUUUUUUGUUUUUGUUUUGAAGAAAGAUAAUGAAAUCUGUGGGAGGUAAACAAGGCUCAGUCAUUCAUCCUUUGCUAGCUUUCUUAUUGGAACUUGGCUAAAUACUUCCACCUAUACUGGCUCAGUUUGUUGUGAGAAAUGCUUAUAAGUCACCCUUUGCCAAACUAGUCCCCUUCACAUGUUUUAGACUGCAAUACCCAUCAGCCCUGGUCAGCUUGUCCAAAACCUAUGGAGGGCACCAGCAUGGCAAAGGCUGGUAUAAGUGAUCCACAAGGCCUAAACCAGAUGCUUUUCUCAAACCUCUUAAAACUUGCCAUGAUUGGGAACACAGUGACUGGGAUUGCCACACUUAUUCUAUGGCUUACUGCUAAGUACAUAUACCAUAAUUAUCUGAAACCCCAUGAGAUGAUGCUUUCAGUAUACCCUCUCUAACAGCUAGGGAUAGAAAUACCCUCUAGCUUUUGUUCUCUGUCUGGAUUUGUUCACUGUAAACAGCCCUGUGAUCCUCGGAUGAAGGCCAGUAUAGAAAUUUAAUAAAUAAUAGUAAUUGCAUUCUGCCAGGGCGCUCAAGGCUGUUUACAGUUGUAAAAUACUAGACUGAGUAAUAUAUAAGACGGCCUCUCAGGCAGACUGAUGUUCCCUUCAGGAUUUGAUGGUAAUAUGCUCCCUGGCCUGGGCUUCCUUAACUUCAGUUUCCCUCCUUCUUAAGUAACUGCAGGGAACAUGCACCCUGGGAUCCCCUAACAUGGUGCCUGUGGGCUCAGACACGUACACAUCUCUUUGCACCCACAAAGGUCCCCUCCCCCUCCCAUUUUUAUCCCUUUUAAAAAGUUGAGGUGGUUUGGGGUCUUGCCUGCUUUUCUGUUGUUUGGGGGGGUUAUGUUUUUGCCCCUUUAGGAAACACAGUGACCAGCCUUGCCAGCCUUAUUCCAUGAACUGGGUAUUGUGUGGUGCCCACAACAGUUUUUUUAUUUUAAUUCCACAUGUGCCCCCCGGGCAUCAAAAGGUUGAAGGCGUGAGUUAACUCUGUCCCUGUCAUAUCAGCCAGGAUUGGAUUCUAUGAAAUCAAGUUCCUAAGUCUAUUAACAACCUUCCUACCUGUUUUAUCCAUCCCAAAAUACUGUUACAAGAGUCUUCAAUGCUAUCCUAAUCAUCUUCUGCCUUAAUUGAUGUUUGGCUUUUAAUAUAUAAUCUUCUGAAGUACAAAUUAUUGAGUGUGGAUUCCAGAUAUCCUUGUUGCCAUAUUAUGGGUCUUGGGUUGGGCCUUCCUACCACAUAUUUAGAGGAUUCUCUCCCUGCCAUUCUUCCUCCUAAACUUCCCAGUUGGCAAUAAGGUGGUAUUUGGGUGGGGCACCAGACCUCUUUGCAGAACUUGUUUGAAAUGUAGAAUCUCAAUGUGGAGGCAAGUCUUGCCUUGAUGAUCACAGGUGGCUGCCUCUGUUUGGUAGCAAUUAUGCAAAGGUGCUUAAAGAACAACAAAAGUGUCUCCUGCUCCUGCUCUGUGCGACACCUUAUGCCUUUGGCGGAUCUGGUGUUUGCUUCUGUGGUGCGGAAGAGUGGUCUGCAACUGCUGCUGGUGUGUACCCCAUCCCUGUCUUAGUCCAUGCACUGUUGUGCCUUCAAAAGCAAAGUUUGAAAUUAGGGGCUUGACUUGGGAAUGCAAACCAGUGGGUGUGAAUGGGGGGUGGGGUGGCUUGAUGACUCUUCUGUGAGUGUGUGUUGGGUUUUUUAACAUGUACACUGAGCUCUAAUCUGUAUAAAACUAUUUUAUGACGUC